UUCUUGGUCGAUAGAAGUCUUAAAGAAUGGAACAGAUUUUAAUGAACGAAGGAGACAAUGAAAGUAUAGAAUGAGAAUCUGUAGAAAUGGAGAUUGAAGAAGAAAAGAAAUCAAGCCACGAUCUUGAAAAGGAGAGAAGGAGAAGAGAAAGAGAGUUACGAAGAGCUGAACUAAGAAGAUUAAGAACACAAACAGAAGACGAAACCCAGAUAAAGAAAUACGAAAAGGAGACCAAAUUGCUAGAUAGGCAAGAGAAAAAAGAGAUGAAUCGAGAAAAAUAGGGAACUUAAGAGGGAAGAAAAACGAUUACAGAAAUUAGAAAAAGACCGAAUUAGAAGAGAGAAAGCUGAAAUGAGAGCGAGGGUUAGAGAAGAGAGACAGAGGAUAAAAGAGCAAAGAAUGAAGGAAAUAUUUGAAAAGAGGUUAGAAAGAGAAGCUAACAAACAAGAGAAAAUGGCCAAAAUCAACCAGGGGAAGAAAAACAAUAAGAAAUGGUUUAGGCAUUUUGUGGAAGAAUCUAAGGGAGAAGAUGAAAGUGACUCUGACAGCCCAAGCCCUCCAAUGAGCCAGAACCGCCACUCUGAGCCAAGUGCUUCAGAGUCCAGUCUUUCUAUUUCAAAAUCUAUGAGUUUCCAAGAGAAUAAAACUACGGAUGAAGAUCAAAGGAUAUAUGAGAUCCAACUUCAAGAAGCUAUAAAGGAAAGUGAAGAGUUAUAUAAACUGCAGAUGAUAGCUCAGUCACUUGAAAAGGAGGAAAAGAAGAAGGAGAAACAGGCUAAGCCCAAGAAGGAGAAGAACCAAAGGAAAGAGAAGCCAGAAAAGAAGCCCAGAAGAAUGCAUGACACUAAACUAAUGAAGGAAUUUAAAAUGAGGCAGGCGAGGUUCAGAAAGAUGGUCUGAAGCAACAUGAAGCUUGACAAGCAAAAGCUUACUGAUGAUAAGAAGAUGCUGAUCCUUAACCUCCGGACUAAACUUGGUAUCAUUGAGGGAGACAAAGCUCCACAGUGCCAGGAGAAGGGUGCUGAUGUAAUUGAAAGAAUGGACAAUCAAAAACUCUUUAUAUAUGACCCAGAGAACGAAUACUACACUGAAGAAGGCCACAAAGUAGAUGAUACAGUAAAAGGAGCAGAAUCUUAUUUCAGGACAGAAGAUAGAGAAUGAGCCCUCUGCCUUGACGAAUUCGUCCAAGAAGACAUCCUAGUGAAGUUAAACGGCUGAGGUCAUGUAUUCCAUGCUGAAUGAAUGGAAGAACAUAUUUUCUUUAGUGCUAGCUUGCCAGACACAGCAUGCCCUUAUUGACGAGGAGAUAUUAAAUAAAC